GCCUAUUGGAAUGAAUGACACUGUGUUGUUUUUACGGCAACAGCAGGGAUUGACUAGUGAUGUAAAUGGGUGGGAUUGGGCAGCCAGGAGGAAUAGCAACAUUUUUUUAUAUUUUUCAACUGUAUCAUAUGGCUAGCUAUGUUGGACGAGAAAGUGAGACAUAGCGAGUCAAGAAAGUUAUAAAGAAUGGGCGGCGAAGAGGAUACUGAUGACCAGUGCAGUUGGACCAGUGCAUUGAGUCACAAUCUCAACGAUGACAUGUCUGGACUGAAAACGUACUUAGCAGGAAAGGUGCCUAGCAGAGAGGAUAUCAGGGCACGUGUCCAGCAGUUUGUUGAGGAGAGGAUGCAGACUACCAUGUUGACUGGCGUGCUGAUCGGGGCUGUGGUGGCAGUUUCUCUAAUUGGCAUCGUGGUGCUCUUCCUCUAUAGAAGAUACAAGCUGGCCAGUGGACAGCAGGCUGUUCCCCGCUAUCGCUUCAGGAAGAGAGACAAGGUGCUCUUCUACGGCAGGAAGAUUAUGAGGAAGGUCCAGACCCUUUCCUCCCCUCCAUCUUCUACCUCGGUGUCCAAGCUGCGCCCUCGGAAGAGACCCAAAGUCCUGAGUAUAGCUCGCAGGAUCCUGCGUAUCCGUAAGGAGCCCCCUACUCUGCAGCCCAAGGAACCCCCUCCCUCCCUGCUGGAGGCGGACCUGACUGAGUUUGAUGUUCAGAACUCCAACCUGCCCUCAGAGGUCCUCUACAUGCUCAAAAACGUCAGGGUGCUGGGCCACUUUGAAAAGCCUCUGUUCCUGGAGCUGUGUCGUCACAUGGUCUUUGUGGAGCUGCAGGAGGGGGAGGGGCUGUUCCGGCCGGGCGACGACGACGACAGCAUUUACGUUGUCCAGGAUGGACGUCUGGAACUCUGCAUCCACGAGAACGAUGGCACAGAGCCGGUUGUGAAGGACGUGCUCCCGGGGGACAGUGUCCACAGCCUGCUCAGUAUUCUAGACAUCAUCACCGGUUACCCCGCCCCCUAUAAGACUGUGUCAGCGCGGGCUGCGUCUCGCUCCACAAUCCUGCGUCUGCCCGCCUCAGCCUUCCAGUCUGUGUUUGAGAAGUACCCCGAGACUCUGGUGCGCGUCAUUCAGAUAAUCAUGGUGCGACUCCAGAGAGUGACUUUCCUGGCGUUACAUAACUACCUGGGCCUAACCACAGAGCUCUUCAACCCGGAGCGUCAGGCGGUCCCCUUGGUGGCGGUUGCUGGGGUGAUGGAAGGGAGUCCGGGCAGGAUCCCACGCAGACCCCACUUUCAGGAGGACCCGGUCUUCGCCCCCGUCCCCACACCUGCACUCGUAGAAACCUCCUCGGACACAGACGCCGGGAAAGAUAGCCCCUCCAACGCCUUUAGGAAGACUCGCUCUAUCUCUAUGCCCACUGACGGUACAGGGGUGACGGGGAUCGACCUGAACAUGGCGUACGAGCGAGCCAGAGUCACCAUAGACGAGCGCCCCUCCAGCCCUGUCAUUUACAAGUCCAUCCUGAAGAAGAGUGUGACCAUGCAGCAUACGCCCUCUGCCGUGUUCCACUACACGGACAGCGGGGGGCGCUCUGACACCGUCCACCCCAGCAAGGUCAGCUCCAUCUUUCAGGCUGCCAAGAAAGACCUGCUGGGCAUCAUCCAGCUGCAGGACCCUGGUCUGUUGGAGGGCAGGGUGACUCUGCACCAGGUCAAAGCAGGCUCUGUGGUGGCCAGACAGGGAGAUCAGGAGGUGAGUGUGCAGUUUGUGAUCUUGGGUGUGCUGCAUGUGUACCAGCGGAUGAUCGACCGCGAGGAGGACACAUGUCUGUUUGUGACCCACCCCGGGGAGCUGGUGGGCCAGCUGGCUGUACUGACUGGCGAGCCACUCAUCUUCACUGUCCGAGCCCACCGAGACUGCAGCUUCCUCUCCAUUUCCAAGACCCACUUCUACGAGAUCAUGCGUGCAGAACCCACAGUGGUGCUGAACGUAGCUCACACGGUCGUUCGGAGGAUGUCUUCCUUCGUCAGGCAGAUAGACUUUGCUCUGGACUGGAUGGCUGUGGAGGCCGGCCGGGCAGUCUACAGACAGGGGGAUAAGUCAGACAGCACCUUCAUAGUUCUGAGUGGCCGUCUGCGCUCCGUCAUCAUGAAGGAGGAUGGCAAGAAGGAGCUGACCGGAGAGUACGGCCGCGGUGACCUCAUCGGCGUGGUGGAGGCCCUGACCCAUCAGAACAGAGCGACCACGGUGCAUGCAGUACGUGACUCAGAGCUGGCCAAACUACCAGAGGGAGCACUCAGCUACAUUAAGAGGAAGUUCCCACAGGUAGUCACGAGGUUGAUCCACCUUCUUGGCCAGAAGAUCCUUCAGCAGGUCAAUGGCCCUCUGACCGCUCGGAGCCUGGCCCUACACACCCCAGGCAGUAAGUGGGAUGCAGGGAACCCGGCGUCCAACCUGUCCACUGUCACCGUGCUGCCUGUGUCUGAGGAGGUACCUCUCACAGCCUUCACACUGGAGCUGCAGCAUGCACUCAUCGCCAUUGGCCCCACACUUCUACUGACCAGCGACAGCAUCAAGCAGCGCCUGGGAGCGGCCGCACUGGACAGUGUUCAUGAGUAUCGUCUGUCCAGUUGGCUGGGCCAGCAGGAGGACAUCCACCGCAUCGUGCUCUACCAGACAGACUACACCCUGACCCCCUGGACCCAGCGAUGUAUCCGCCAGGCUGACUGCAUCAUUAUUGUGGGACUGGGGGAGCAAGACCCCGCUGUGGGGGAGUUGGAGCGGAUGCUGGAGGGCAGUGCGGUGAGGGCCCAGAAGCAGCUGGUGUUGUUACACAGGGAGGACGGCCCCCCGCCCCAGGGCACUGUGGAGUGGCUCAACAUGAGGAGCUGGAUCUCCAGACACCUGCACCUCUCCUGCCCACGCAGGGUCUUCUCCAAGAGAAGCCUGCCUAAACUGAUUGAGAUGUAUCAGCGUGUGUUCCAGAAGCCGGCUGACCGCCACUCAGACUUCUCCCGCCUGGCCAGGGUCCUGACCGGGAACGCCAUCGCCCUCAUACUGGGGGGAGGAGGGGCCAGGGGCUGUUCUCAGGUGGGUAUCAUGCAUGCUCUGAGUGAGGCAGGGAUCCCCGUGGACCUGGUGGGAGGUGUCUCCAUCGGCUCCCUGAUGGGGGCGCUGUACGCAGAGGACCGCAGUCACUGCCGCAUGAGGAUGAGGGCACGAGAGUGGGCUAUGGGAAUGACGUUGGUGUUCAAGAAGGUGUUGGACCUGACCUACCCCAUCACUUCUAUGUUCUCUGGCGCUGCCUUCAACUCCAGCAUUUACACGGUGUUCAAGGGCAAGCAGAUAGAGGAUCUGUGGAUCCCCUAUUUCAACAUCACCACUGACAUCACUGCCUCCACCAUGAGAGUGCACACUGACGGCUCUCUGUGGAGGUAUGUGCGUGCCAGCAUGUCUCUCUCUGGCUACCUGCCCCCUCUAUGUGACCCUAAAGACGGACACCUACUGAUGGACGGAGGCUAUAUCAACAACCUACCAGCGGACGUGGCUCGCUCCAUGGGUGCCAAGGUGGUGAUCGCCAUAGACGUGGGCAGCCAGGACGAGACCAACCUCACCAACUACGGCGACUCGCUCUCCGGCUGGUGGCUGCUAUGGAAACGCCUCAACCCACUGGCAGAGAAAGUCAAGGUGUUGAACAUGGCAGAGAUUCAGACGCGGCUGGCAUACGUGUGCUGUGUGCGUCAGCUGGAGUCGGUGAAGAGCAGUGACUACUGCGAGUACAUCAGGCCUCCCAUAGACCGCUACCGCACACUGGAGUUUGGCAAGUUUGACGAGAUUGCUGAGGUGGGCUACCAGCACGGCAAGACGGUGUUUGACGUGUGGAGCCGCAGUGGAGUGGUGGAGAAGAUGCUGAAGGACCGCCACCAGGAAGAGUUUCACAACACACACAGCAACAACAACGGACCUGUGACCUGUCCCAAUGCGUCCUUCACUGACCUGGCAGAGAUCGUGUCCCGCAUCGAGCUGGCCAAACCAGCUCUGGUCGACGAGGAGUCCGACUACCCCACAGACUAUGAGGAGGAGGCAGUAGAGAGUGCCUACUCAGACUUUGAGCUGUCCAAUCACUACAGCGAACACACCACUGAGGGGGAGGAGACUGCGGACACGGAUGAAGAGCUGCUGGACAUGGGGAGAAGGCGUCGCCCUCCUCCCCCGGGCUCUAGCGACGUGAGCCCCCUCUCCUCCCCCCACCCCGCGCUUACAGCCCCACCCCUUGGACGAAACUGAGGAGAAGCCCACCGCUGAGCAAAGACCAUGCCAAGAGUCACUGAACCCAAAGUCUGGAAGCUCAAGGAACUGACUCUUUGGCUGUCUGUUCCUCCAGCACUAGUGCUAACACAGUGCCUUACAGACCCACAACAAAUACAGGACCAACUAUUUUUAACAGUCAAUGCAUAAUCAUAUUCCUGUCUGAGUCUGUCUGACUAGCCACCUGGAGAUGGUGGAGGUUGUUUCACUAUUUGUGUCCCGUGUUCUUCCCUCUUAAUAUAAAUCAUUCUAGUUUAAUGGGACACAAGCUGGGCGGUGGUAAAGAUGUGGCGAUCUCUUCUGAAAUGGCUGCCUACUGAUGUUUGGAGCUCACACCUUCUGUACGCCUCCCGUCAGCCUCAGUGUCUGAGGUCCUAGAUUGCGAUGAAACGAGAAAGGAGGAGACAUCCUUUCCGGUCGCGGGUAUGGGCGCAGUUCGGCGGCAAUUGGACAUGCACAGUGUGACGGGAAUGGACACACAGAUGAAGCACCGGUAGCAUCAGUUUAUUCUUCUCCUCUGUUUUCUGGCUUCAAUCAAUUAGAUGAAGGGGUGGUUAAAUGCAAACUACACUGUUAAUGCUAUAUAGCAUUUAUAUAUGUACAGGCACAUCCAAGACAGCUGGACAAUUCACCAGUGUAACACACAGUUGAUUUGCCUAGUGAAUUAUUAACCUUUGCUUACUUCUACAGCUAACUUUAUAGAUGUACUGGCACAACAUUAAGCAAAUCAAUGCAAUGUAUUAUUAUUUUUUUUACGUGUCUUUAUCUGUGCAGUGCCUUUAACCCAGCUGAUACUGACGCUAGAACCACCGGUUGCCUUUCAUUGUGUUGUAGAUCUUGGAAAGUCCCUUUUGGUGCAGUCCCCUGAGGUUGUAAGGCUGCGUCCUAAAUGGCACCCUAUUCCUUUUACAGUGUACUACUUUAGACCAGGACCCGUAGGGCUCGGAUCAGAGGUAAUGCGUUAUAUAGGGGAUAGGAUGCCACUUGGGAGUCAACCAGUCUAAAUGCAGAAGAGACACUGUGUGUCAGUGUAUGUGUGUGUGUGAGAGCAUGUCAGUAACAGGAGGCUGUUUAUAAAAUGCAUGCAUAUGUUCAGUGAAUGGAACGAAGCUUUUUGUGAACCCUUACUGAACUAAACUGGCCAACUUGACCUUUUAACACAUUUCAAGCUAUUUAAUUGUGCCUUUGGUGACUGACAAUCACAUGCUGAUUAGUUAAACUUGAAUGUUGGGCACAGUUUGCCAAUGACCCUGUAAAACAAUGAAGGACUCGUGUACUAUUUAGGCGUUGCUUGUGUGUGAAUGUUAUUUGUACCACAUAAUUGAUGUUUUUGAUAAUCCAUUGUAUAACACUACUCACUAAUAAUAAACACUAUUGGUUAGCAGAGUCUCUUUA